CAAGGGAGAGGGAAGAGAAGAAAGCUUGGCCGGAUAUAAAAGCACACUCAAUGAAACCAGCCACCAGUUGAUCUAUCUACUCUAAUUCUUCCUCUUCUACAUCUCUAUCUUCGCUCCGUGUAUAGUCUUACCUUCGAUCGUUCCGCAAUGGCACUCAAGUACUUCUUCUUCGCUGCGUGCAUCGCAGCCGUCAAUGCUGGACUAGCCCUGACAUCCACAUCCGACAACACGUACCGAAGCCACGGAAAUCUUGCCCAGAUCUCCACGCAGUCCAAGUCCAUCGAGACUCCGUACUCCAGCUCCAGCAAGACCGACAUCCGCGUAUCGAACCCAGCCGUCUAUGCCAGCCCAGCACACAUCGGCCACUACGUGUCCGCACCACCGAGUCUUCAACAUUAUUCUUCCGCCCCAGCCAUCCAGCACUAUUCCGCUCCGGUGGUUGAGCACUACGCUCAUGCACCAGCAGCUCACGGCAGUCCCGUUUACACCUCAGCACCUGGUCCAGUCAUCGCCAAGGCGGCAUACCAUGUCCCAGCACCAGCCAUCCAUUAUGCUCAACCUGCCCCCGUUGCUCAACCUCUGUACACCCACGCUGAACCUGCUCACUAUGCCCCUGCUGCUCCUGUUCACUAUGCCCAUGCUGCCCCUGCUGCCCCUGCUCACUAUGCCCAUGUUGCCCCUGCUGCUCCUGCUCACUAUGCCCAUGGUGCCCCAGCUCACUAUGCCCAUGGUGGCCAGGUAGCCGGACAUCAGUCUGUAGUUGGGGUGGCUUAUUCUCCGGCGAGUGCAGUGGCGCAUUUGACCUACAGCAACGCCAACGAUCACGUCAACUAUGCCUGGUAGAAGACCAAGACGAAUGAGAAGUAAAAGCAGAAAUAUAACAAGCGAUGACUGAUUACGUCGAGCUGAAUUCUCGAUGGAUCCCAGCUGUGCGUAGACACAUAUUAUAUAUUAGGUUUUUUACUCAUUUUGUAGACUAGUAGUAAGAAGUUGGUAAUAAACACUGAAGUCUAGUAA